GUGUGUCCCUCCUCCCAUAAGCAGCAGAUGUCCAACAGCAGCUCCAUCAGCCAGUUCCUGCUCCUGCCCUUUGCAGACAGGCGGGAGCUGCAGCUCCUGCACUUCGGGCUCUUCCUGGGCAUCUCCCUGGCUGCCCUCCUGGCCAACGGCCUCAUCAUCAGCGCCGUAGCCUGUGACCACCGCCUGCACACCCCCAUGUACUUCUUCCUCCUCAACCUCUCUGUCAUGGACAUGGGCUGCAUCUCCACCACUGUCCCCAAAGCCAUGGCCAAUUCCCUCUGGGACACCAGGACCAUCUCCUACUUGGGAUGUGCUGCCCAAGUCUUCCUGAUUCUCUUUCUACUUUCAGCAGAGUAUUUUCUUCUCACCAUCAUGUGCUACGACCGCUACGUUGCCAUCUGCAAACCCCUGCACUACGGAACCCUCCUGGGCAGCAGAGCCUGUGUGCACAUGGCAGCAGCUGCCUGGGGCUCUGGCUUUCUCUACUCUCUCCUGCACACAGCCAAUACAUUUUCGCUGCCCCUGUGCCACGGCAAUGCUGUGGGACAGUUCUUCUGUGAAAUCCCACAGAUCCUCAAGCUCUCCUGCUCACACACCUACCUCAGGGAGGUUGGGCUGAUCAUAGUUAGUGCUUAUUUAUUUUUGGUGUGUUUUGUGUUCAUUGUGGUGUCCUAUGUGCAGAUCUUCAGGGCUGUGCUGAGGAUCCCCUCUGAGCAGGGCCGGCACAAAGCCUUUUCCACGUGCCUCCCUCACCUGGCUGUGGUCUCCCUGUUUCUCAGCACAGUCAUCUUUGUCUACCUGAAGCCCCCCUCCAUCUCCUCCCCAUCCCUGGAUCUGCUUUUGGCAGUUCUGUACUCGGUGGUGCCUCCAGUAGCAAAUCCCUUCAUCUACAGCCUGAGGAACCAGGAGAUCAAGGAUGCGUUUUGCAAGGUGGCCCAAAGGAUCACAUUUCACUGA